AUUUUCCUUGUUGUUAAAUUUAUCAAAAUUAAUUAUCUUUACAAAUUUCCUUGAAACUUAUCAAAUCUAGAAAAGUUAAAAAGAAUCAAUGGCAUCAACACAGAUUAAACCUCAAGAUAAUAAGACAAAUAUUGAAACAGAGACUUAUAAACAAUAUGUAUUAGUGCUAGAAAAAAAGAUUAGAAAUUUAGAAAAACGAAAGGCAAAAUUAGAUGAUUAUAGAGAAAAACAAAAAUCAGGAACCGAAUUAAAUGACGACCAAAAGACUGCUGUAUCUCAUUAUUCAGAGGUUAUAGUAUUAUUAGAAACGUUAAAUGAUUUACAUAAAACAUAUAUUACAUUGAAUAAUGAAAUAUCCCGAAAUUCCAAAAAACAAAUUAAAAAACAAAAAAUGGAAAAAGAUCAAGACCAAUCAAAUAUUUCAUAUUAUAUAUUAAAAAUAUAUUACAUUUUGUCUGCUUUACAAAUUCCAAAAGUCAAAGAGGAUUUUUUAAACAACCUAACUGAGGUGGAACUUAAUAUUUUAGAAAAAUUCUAUAUUACAGUAUUUGAUAUGAAAGUAGUUAAAUUGUCAUUUUCUGAUUUUCUUAAUCAAUCAUCUGAACAUCUUUCAUCCUUAAUAACACCUAAACCCAAAAACUUUUUGGAAACUAAUUUUACUUAUCAACAAUUAAAAGCAUUGGUUGAUAAGAUAGACCAAUCUAAAUUUUUUGAAUCAUAUCUUCAUUCAUAUAAAUCAAAUGCUAAUGGUAAUAUCAAUAACACAAUAUCUGAACAGAAACAUCCAAUAGCCAAAAAUAAUAAUAUACAAUCAAAUAAUAAUGAUGAUACAUCUUCAUCAGAUGAUAAUGAUGGUAUGGUUGUCAUUGAGAAGCCUGAAAAUAUUCCUACCAACAUUUCAAUGGGCACUAAUGAUAAUAUAAAUAGUAUUAACAAUGGGCAUAAUACAAAUGGGAAACCACCUUCCCAUUUUCAGCAUAUUCAAAACAUGGGCACAUUUUUAUCACAAAAUGAGGUUAUCAAGCCAUAUGUUUCAACUGUCACAAGCAAGCAUUUGAAUGAAAAUUCUUCUCAUACUCGUACAUUAAAUGAUCUAUUGGCUUCCUUCCAAAGCAACUUCAAUUUUAUGCAAGACUCCUUGAUUGAUCCUGAACGACAAUCAUAUUUUUAAUUCAUAUUGAUUGCUCAUUAGAGUUUAGCUUAUUAUAAUUCAAUAUAAAUACUAUUUGUUUUUAAA